UUUAUUUGUACAGAGAAAGGUUUAUUUUUCAAUAAAGAAAGGUUCUAUUUUCUGGUAGCUGGUGAGGAUGAAACAAGUGACGUGCCAAGCGGUGCCAGUGAGGUGGGCAUCAGCAGGAUGUGACGCCCCUGUGCAUCUCCCCCCAUCACUUCCCACCCCCAAGAAAUGUCCCCCAUCCUCAGGUCCUUCUCCUGGCAUCGAGUUGGGGUUGGGUUCCCACUACCCACAGCACCCUUCACCCCAGAGUACAGCACCCUGUGCCACCCAAGUGGGGACCCUCACCAAAACUCACACCAGUGUCAGACCAUAUGUGCCAUAGGCACUGAUUAGGUGCCAACACCUCCACAUCUCCCAGCAGCAUCUGCUGAGCAGUGAAGGGACUGCUCCUCCAAGUGCUCAGGUGACGGAGAUGGCACUGAGGGGUGGUGAGCCCAGCUGUUCCUGCCUGUCUCCCUUCUCUGGGCGUGGGGGUGCCGGAAGCAGGGGGGCCAGAGUGGGUAUCCGGAGCCGGCAGCCUUCCCCCCAGCACCUGGCACCAUCCAUCUCUGCGGCCGGACAUCCGCUCAGGCAGGCCAAGCAGGGAGGUGGUGAGGAGCUGGCACGGCACGAAGGCACCGCGGGCACCGCAUGGGGGACAUGGCAGUGCUGCUGGCCUUGUUUGGGGCACUGGUGCUGUCGGGUGGGCUCUGCAUUAACCAGGAGGAGCGGCUCAUCCAUUACCUCUUUGAGGAGAGAGGCUACAACAAGGAGGUGCGCCCCGUUGCCUCUGCCGAUGAGGUUGUGGAUGUCUACCUGGCCCUCACCCUCUCCAACCUCAUCUCGCUGAAAGAGGUGGACGAGACACUCACCACCAACGUAUGGGUCGAACAAAGCUGGACUGAUUACCGCCUGCAGUGGAACACAUCUGAAUUCGGGGGUGUCAACGUGCUCCGCCUGCUGCCAGAGAUGCUGUGGCUGCCUGAGAUAGUCCUGGAGAACAACAAUGACGGGCUCUUUGAAGUCGCCUACUACUGCAAUGUGCUGGUCUACAACACUGGCUAUGUCUACUGGCUGCCCCCCGCCAUCUUCCGCAGUGCCUGCCCCAUCAACGUCAACUUCUUCCCCUUUGAUUGGCAGAAUUGCUCCCUCAAAUUCAGCUCACUGGCAUACAAUGCACAGGAGAUCAGCAUGCACCUGAAGGAGGAGAGUGACCCAGAGACUGAAAAGUAUUACCGGGUGGAGUGGAUCAUCAUCGACCCCGAAGGCUUCACGGAAAAUGGCGAAUGGGAAAUCAUCCACCGCCCGGCUCGCAAGAACAUUCACCCCAGCUACCCCACUGAGAGCAGCGAGCACCAGGACAUCACCUUCUACCUCAUCAUCAAGCGCAAGCCACUCUUCUACGUCAUCAACAUCGUCACACCCUGUGUCCUCAUUGCCUUCAUGGCCAUUCUUGUCUUCUACCUGCCUGCUGACAGUGGUGAGAAGAUGACUCUGGUGAUCUCGGUUCUCCUGGCCCAGUCUGUCUUCCUUCUGCUGAUCUCCCAGCGCCUGCCUGCCACCUCCCACGCCAUCCCCCUCAUUGGCAAGUACCUUCUGUUCAUCAUGCUGCUGGUGACGGCCGUGGUGGUGAUCUGCGUCGUGGUCCUCAACUUCCAUUUCCGCACUCCCAGCACUCACAUCAUGUCCGAUUGGGUCAAAGAGGUGUUCCUGGAGAUCCUGCCUCGCUUGCUGCACAUGUCACACCCAGCUGAGAGCCCAGCAGGUGCCCCGUGCAUCCGGCGCUGCAGCUCGGCUGGGUACAUCGCCAAGGCAGAGGAGUACUACAGCGUCAAGUCCCGCAGCGAGCUCAUGUUUGAGAAGCAGUCGGAGAGGCACGGGCUGUCCAGCCGUGUCACCCCUGCCCGCUUUGCACCAGCAGCCACAAGCGAGGAGCAGCUCUAUGAUCACCUGAAACCCACCCUAGAUGAGGCCAAUUUCAUUGUCAAGCAUAUGCGGGAGAAAAACAGCUACAAUGAGGAGAAGGACAACUGGAACCGUGUGGCACGCACCCUGGACCGCCUCUGCCUGUUCCUCAUCACCCCCAUGCUGGUGGUGGGCACUCUCUGGAUCUUCCUCAUGGGCAUCUACAACCACCCACCACCACUGCCCUUCUCUGGAGACCCCUUUGACUACCGGGAGGAGAACAAGCGCUACAUAUAGGGCAGCCCUGAGA